AUGAUUUGCAGUAUGCUUUCAUUAUCGAAACCUUUGUUGAAUCAUAUUAAAAAUGAAAAAAAAAAACGAGAGUGGACAUUGGACGAUUUUGAUAUUGGUCGACCACUUGGAAAGGGUAAAUUUGGUAGUGUUUAUGUGGCGCGCGAAUUAAAGUCAGGAUUUAUUGUUGCUAUAAAAGUAAUGUAUAAGGAGCAAAUAGAGAAGUAUAAUGUACAACGUCAACUGCGGCGAGAAAUCGAAAUCCAGUAUCAUCUUAGGCAUCAGAAUAUUCUAAGACUUUAUGGUUAUUUUCACGAUUCUUCUAGAGUUUAUUUGAUAUUGGAGUAUGCUUCUCGUGGUACUUUAUAUGCCUUAUUGCAGCAGGUGAAAAAGUUUGAUUCCAAUAAAUCAGCGUUGUAUAUUUAUCAAUUAGCAAAAGCAUUAGCAUAUUGUCAUGAAAAAAAUGUAAUGCAUAGAGAUGUAAAGCCUGAAAAUAUUCUUUUGAAUGAGGAAGGAUUUUUGAAAAUCGCUGAUUUCGGUUGGUCAGUCCAUGCUCCAUCUUCUAGGCGUUCUACAUUCUGCGGAACACUGGAUUAUUUGCCUCCAGAAAUGGUAUCCGAGCGGGUGCACGAUGCCUCAGUCGAUAACUGGUCUUUAGGAAUAAUGCUUUAUGAGUUUCUUACAGGAAAACCUCCUUUUGAAGCACCGGUGAUUGUCGAAUAA